UGUAAUGCUGACCGUUUCUUUUCCCUCAGCAGGGCAGCUGGCCUGAAGCGUUGAGCCAGCCCAGCACGUGCGGCUUGCUGCGUGUGCCAUGGCCCCCCACUGGGCUGUCUGGCUGCUGGCAGCAGGGCUGUGGGGCUUGGGCAUUGGGGCUGAGGUAUGGUGGAACCUUGUGCCCCGGAAGACUGUAUCUUCUGGGGAGCUGGCCACGGUUGUACGGCGCUUCUCCCAAGUGGGCAUCCAGGACUUCUUGACUCUGACGCUGACGGAGCAGACGGGGCUUUUGUACGUGGGGGCUCGUGAGGUCCUGUUUGCCUUCAGCGUGGAGGCUAUGGAGCUGCAAGGAGCGAUCUCCUGGGAGGCCCCUGCUGAAAAGAAGAUGGAGUGUUCCCAGAAAGGGAAGAGCAACCAGACGGAAUGCUUCAACUUCAUCCGCUUCCUGCAGCCCUACAACGCAUCGCACCUAUAUGUCUGCGGGACUUACGCCUUCCAGCCCAAGUGCACGUACAUCGACAUGCCCACCUUCACCCUGCAGCGAGGAGACCUUGAAGACGGCAAGGGGAAGUGUCCUUAUGACCCAGCCAAGGGCCACACUGGCCUCCUUGUGGAUGGGGAACUUUACUCAGCUACACUCAACAACUUCCUGGGCACAGAGCCUGUUAUCCUGCGUAACAUGGGGCCUCGACACUCCAUGAAGACAGAGUACCUGGCCUCCUGGCUCAACGAGCCUCACUUUGUAGCCUCGGUCUACAUCCCUGAGAGCGUGGGGAGCUUCACAGGGGACGAUGACAAGAUCUACUUCUUCUUCAGCGAACGGGCCGUCGAGUAUGACUGCUACGCUGAGCAGGUGGUGGCCCGCGUGGCCCGCAUCUGCAAGGGUGACGUGGGGGGCGCACGGACCCUGCAGAAGAAGUGGACCACCUUCUUGAAGGCACGGCUGCUGUGCUCGGCACCCGAGUGGCAGCUCUACUUUAACCGGCUACAGGCCAUACACACUCUACAGGGCUCCUCCUGGCACAAUACCACUUUCUUCGGGGUUUUCAGAGCACGAUGGGGCGACGUGGAUGUAUCAGCUGUGUGUGAGUACCAGCUGGAAGAGAUCCAGCAGGUGUUUGAGGGACCCUACAAGGAGUACCAGGAACAGGCCCAGAAGUGGGGCCGCUAUACGGACCCGGUCCCCAGCCCCCGGCCUGGCUCGUGCAUCAACAACUGGCACCGACGACAUGGCUACACCAGUUCCCUGGAGCUGCCUGACAACACCCUGAACUUCAUCAAGAAGCAUCCACUGAUGGAGGAGCAGGUGCGGCCUCGUUGGAGCCGGCCCCUGUUGGUGAAGAAAGACACCAACUUCACCCGCCUAGUGGCCGACCAGGUCACGGGGCUUGAUGGAGCCACCUAUACAGUGCUGUUCAUUGGCACGGGAGAUGGCUGGCUGCUCAAGGCUGUGAACUUGGGGUCCUGGGUUCACCUGAUUGAGGAGCUGCAGUUGUUUGAACGAGAGCCCGUCGAGAGCCUGGUGCUGUCCCAGAGCAAGAAGCUGCUGUUUGCCGGUUCCCACUCUCAACUGGUUCAGGUACCCUUGGCUGACUGUGGGAAGUACCGUUCCUGUGCGGACUGUGUCCUUGCCCGGGACCCCUACUGUGCCUGGAACACCAACACCAGCCGCUGCGUGCCCGUGGGGGCCCACUCCGGAUCGGUCCUGACGCAGCACGUGACCCUGUCAGACACAUCGGGUAUCUGUAACCUGCGGGGCAAUAAGAAAGUCAGACUCACUCCUAAAAACAUCACAGUCGUGGCGGGCACGGACCUGGUGCUGCCCUGCCGCCUUUCCUCCAACUUGGCCCACGCCCGCUGGACUUUCAGGGACCGCGAUCUGCCUGCCGAACAGCCCGGCUCCUUCCUCUAUGAUGCCCGACUCCAGGCGCUGGUGGUGAUGGCCGCCCAGUCCCACCAUGCUGGCACAUACCACUGCUUUUCUGAGGAGCAGGGGGCCCAGCUAGCUGCUGAAGGCUACCUCGUGGCCGUUGUGGCGGGGCCCUCCGUGACCCUGGAGGCCCGGGCGCCCUUGGAAAACCUGGGCCUGGUAUGGCUGGCUGUGGUGGCCCUAGGAGCCGUGUGCCUGGUGCUCCUGCUGCUCGUCUUGUCACUGCGCCGGCGGCUGCGGGAAGAGCUGGAGAAAGGUGCCAAGGCGGCUGAGAGGACCCUGGUGUACCCUCUGGAGUUGCCCAAGGAACCCGCCAGCACCCCCUUCCGGCCAGGCCCGGAAACCGACGAAAAACUCUGGGAUCCUGUUGGCUACUACUACUCUGAUGGCUCCCUCAAGAUUGUGCCAGGACACGCCCGAUGCCAGCCUGGAGGUGGGCCCCCUUCUCCUCCUCCUGGCAUGCCUGGCCAGCCCCUCCCUUCUCCAACACGACUUCACCUGGGGGGUGGGCGGAACUCAAACGCCAAUGGUUAUGUGCGCUUACAACUUGGAGGGGAGGACCGAGGCAGCCUUGGGCACCCCCUGCCUGAACUCGCUGACGAACUGAGACGUAAACUGCAGCAGCGCCAGCCCCUGCCGGACUCCAACCCCGAGGAGUCAUCGGUAUGAGGGCCCCCGCACCUCCGACCACGGCGGCAGGGGACACGUGGGAGCGGUAGCUCCUACUUUGCACAGGCACCAGCUACCUCAGGGACAUGGCAUGGGCACCUGCUCUGGCCUGGGACAGAUGCUGCCCAGCGCCCGCCCAGCCAUGAGGACCUGCUCAGCACGGGCACUGCCAUUGGGUGUGGCUCACCAGGGCACCGGCCUCGCGGGAGGCGUCUUCCUCCUCUGUGAAUCACGGACACGUGUAGGACCUCCUCUCCAGCAGCCAAAACGUUGCGAGGCAGAAGUUUCAAGUUGUGGGUGGUUGUGUGGAUUUGUGUUUGUGCGUGUGUAUGUGUGUGUGCGUGCGCGCGUGCAUAUGUGGGCACAUAGCCUUCGUGUCUGUUAAGUCUUCCCUUGGCUUGGCCUGGGGUCCCCCUGGUGAGUCACUGGAGCUAUGAAGGGGAAGGGGUCGUGUGGCGCUGCCUCUCUUACCCCCAGCUGUCCCAAGUGUGGGGCAGUGGUGUACAUAUGGGGGUGGGCG